GUCAAUUUCCGAACCUCACGACUUUUGCAGACGAGUAUCUCAGGUAGACUGGGUGCUAGUAUCUCUUGGUUUCCCACGUUACCGCGCGUUACCGGGAAACAGGCGGAAAAUAGGAAAUUCUCAAGUGUUGUUUUCGUGGUUUUCCGGUUGCAACAAGAGAAAGCGUUUUGAGGCUAAAUUCUUUUUGAAAAUCAGCUUACGACGAUGGGAAUCGACCUCGAGAGGUUUCCUGAAGUUAAUCCAGAGCUCAUAUGCUCCAUUUGUGCUGGCGUUUUGGAGGAUCCUGUUGAAUCACCUUGUCGCCAUGUUUUCUGUUCUCCAUGCAUUUCAAGAUGGUUGGACUCAAAUCAUUCUUGUCCAAACUGCAGAAAGAAAGUACGGUCCAGAGACCUGAAGCCUGCUCUGCCACUCCUUAAAAACAUCAUCAGCAAGCUCAAAAUUCGUUGCGAUUUCGUUCAACAUGGUUGCACUGAAACAGUGGAGCUGGAACGACUUGGGGCUCACACCAACCUUUGCCCGUUUGCUCCUAUGACCUGCGAGAACGAGGGAUGUGAAAUAACUUUUCCAAGGAGAAGCAAAGCUGAUCAUGAAGCGGAGUGUCCAGAAAGAGUAAUAUCUUGUUCUUCAACCUGUACUCAAGGCUGUGGAUUGCAACUGCGACUCGCUGAACUUCCGGGCCAUAACUGCGUGAAAAGUUUGAAAUUGCGAGUCGAAGAGUUAGAACGGACAGUGUCUGACUACUCACAGAGGAUGUCAACACUGGAAGAGGCAGUGAAAGAACUAAAGAAGCAUAAAGAAGGUGAAGAGUUGUAUGCUGAAUACUCACAGAGAAGUGGACUUUCUGAUGCCAUAGCACAUGCUGAAGCAAACAGACAGCAGGAUGUUGACUCUGGUUUAAUAUCAUUACUGUCAGAAGACGAGGAAAGUGAUUCUCGUUCAUCUUCUCCCACAGUUGGUCUUAGUGGGACAACUCCUACGCACACCAAUACCUUGACUACUCUUGAAUGGGUAGAUGAGUUAAUGACAGGACAUAGAGAGUAUCAGCGGCAACGCUCCUUACGCCGGUCGCCGCCUCGUAGAGAACGGAGUCGUAGUAGAUCUCCUCUAAGACAGAGUGCGAGUGAGGAUGGCACAUCUAGAAGAGACAGAGAAAGUUCACCAUCUGAAAGCAUAUGUACAAGUCGAUCUGCUCGUGCUCGUAGACCACGCAGGCCAAUGCCAUUUACUCCAUCUUCACCAAGUGCUUCAUCUACCAGCACCAAUACUUGCGGAAACAGUGAUUCUUCAGCAGUACAGUCAAGAGAAAGGAGGCAUAGCGUGCCACCUGUUAUUGAUGAUUCAAGUUCUGCAGAUAGUCCUCGUAUCACAGGGGAGAUUCGGCACAAUGUUACUGGAAACGAGGUCAUGGAAUUUGAUAGGAUUCCAGAGUAUGCAGUUUUCUGGACUCCCCCUGGUUCUACGGAACCCUCAUCAUAUUUUGGUGACCGUCGGGUUCAUCAGUGGCUUCAGCGAGCCAUAGGAGAGUCUCCCAGUGGCAGCAGCAUCAAUAGCAGUAGCAGCAGCAGCAACAGCAGCAGCAGCAGCAACAGCAAUAGCAGCUCGUCUCCUUCAACAUCUUGUUAACAAACAGAUUGACAUGACACUUUUUAUAAUAUUUAUAAUAAUGUCCUAAAUUAUUUCUCUCAUAUUCUUUCUUGCAUAAUCAGUAUCACUUAAGAGAUAGCUAAGUACUCUAUGAAUCAGCAGAUCUUUGGGCCAUACUGUUUUCCAGAAGAUUUAGAAAAGAAACUAUAUUUAUGUAAUAUUAUAAUAAUUGUACCAUUCAUGACAUUGUCUAUAGAGUAUACAUUCUUUAAUUUUGUUUGAAAAACAGCUUUUGCGUCGCAGUUGAAUCUCGGCUUUGGCACACUUUAAGUAUUGGGAUGGUGAAUGGGUGGGAAAGGGGGAUACUUUAAGGACAGCAUCAACAUGUCUCUGUCUGGGAGGUGUUCUGGUGUUGAAGUUGUGUGACCAAGACCACAGUUAAUAGUUUCCUCAGGAGGUGUUCACAGUUAGAUUUGUGACUGUACAGUGGAACCCCCACUAGGAUGGGGGUACAAGGUUCAUCUGUACAGUCCAACUUCCCAUAAGAGGGCAGCUUAGAGGUGGCAUCUGAGUGUGCUCUUAUGAGGGGUGACAAAUGUGACAGGGGUGUCUAGGACAAAGGCAUCCCUUCAAUAGGGUACAAGAUUUGACUGUACAGUCCAACUUCCUGUAAGAGGG